CGCGUGUACUUGGCUGCUCUGGCAGCUAGAGCGUCCCUCCUCCGGGGAGCCUCGUGUGACCUUCCCGCCGGUGGAGCGAUGCUGCCGGCGGCUGCUCGCCCCCUAUGGGGGCCGUGUCUAGUGCUUAGGGGUGCCGCGCUCCGCUUCGCCAGGCAACAGGUGCCGCGCGUCAGCACCGUGCGGCUGAUGCGAUGCAGCAGCCAUCGGAGGGGAGAGGCCCUCGCCGGCGCACCCCUAGAUAACGCCCCCAAGGAGUACCCCCCCAAGAUCCAGCAGCUGGUCCAGGACAUUGCCAGCCUCACGCUCCUGGAGAUCUCAGACCUCAAUGAGCUCCUGAAGAAAACGCUCAAGAUCCAGGAGGUGGGGCUCAUGCCCAUGGGGGGCGCGAUGCCCGCUGCUGCCCCUGCCGCCGCAGCCCCCGAGGCGGUGGAGGAAGAAGAUGUCCCCAAGCAAAAGGAGCAGACACAUUUCACCGUCCGCCUGACCGAGGCGAAGCCGGUGGACAAAGUGAAGCUGAUCAAGGAGAUCAAGAACUACGUCCAGGGCAUCAACCUCGUGCAGGCGAAGAAGCUGGUGGAGUCGCUGCCCCAGGAAAUCAAAGCCAACGUCGCCAAGGCCGAGGCGGAGAAGAUCAAGGCGGCGCUGGAGGCGGUGGGCGGCACCGUGGUCCUGGAGUAGGCUCCCUGAGAACUGUGGACAGGGGUCCCUGGGACCCGGGAGAGGCCCGGCCGCCCCGCCCAGCACCCAGGCUCAGCUGACCAGCACCUCAGAGCAGAAGGGCACACCCACCCACUACUGCGUGGCAGCCGGGCCCUGGAUCAGGCAUGGACCUACCGAGCGGGCAGCGGGCAGCGGGCAGCGCUGCCUGUGGGCACCCGGCCUGACUCUGGACCGCCCCCGGGUUUACCACGCGCCCCCUGGUGGCCGCUGAGAAAAUACAUGGUUUGGGCCAUGC